UGCGCAGUUGCAGCGGCCGGGGAAGAUGGUGGAGGACGGUGCGGAGGAGCUGGAGGACUUGGUGCAUUUCUCCGUGUCGGAGUUGCCUAGUCGUGGCUACGGCGUCAUGGAAGAGAUCCGGCGGCAGGGCAAGCUAUGCGACGUGACGCUCAAGAUCGGGGACCACAAAUUCAGCGCUCACCGAAUCGUCUUAGCAGCCUCCAUCCCGUACUUCCAUGCUAUGUUUACGAAUGACAUGAUGGAGUGCAAGCAGGAUGAGAUCGUAAUGCAAGGAAUGGACCCAAGUGCCCUGGAGGCUCUCAUUAACUUCGCAUAUAAUGGCAACCUUGCUAUCGACCAGCAAAAUGUGCAGUCACUGCUGAUGGGAGCAAGCUUCCUGCAGCUGCAGAGCAUCAAAGACGCUUGCUGUACAUUCCUCCGAGAAAGGCUUCAUCCGAAGAACUGCCUGGGCGUGCGCCAGUUUGCGGAGACAAUGAUGUGCGCCGUGCUGUACGACGCGGCCAACAGCUUCAUCCACCAGCACUUUGUGGAGGUGUCUCUGUCCGAAGAGUUCCUGGCCCUGCCCCUGGAGGACGUGCUGGAGCUGGUGUCUCGGGAUGAGCUGAACGUGAAGUCAGAGGAGCAGGUUUUUGAAGCUGCAUUAGCCUGGGUCAGAUACGACCAGGAGCAGAGGGGACCGUGCCUGCCCGAGCUGCUGUCCAAUAUCCGCCUGCCCCUUUGCCGGCCCCAGUUUUUAUCAGACCGAGUGCAGCAAGAUGACCUGGUGCGGUGCUGCCACAAAUGCAGAGACCUGGUAGAUGAAGCAAAGGACUAUCACCUCAUGCCAGAGCGCCGGCCCCACCUGCCAGCUUUCAGGACUCGGCCUCGCUGCUGCACAUCCAUUGCUGGGCUCAUCUACGCCGUGGGGGGCCUCAACUCAGCAGCAAAUUUUUAUGCAGGUGAUUCCCUGAAUGUGGUGGAAGUGUUCGACCCCAUCGCCAACCGCUGGGAAAAGUGCCAUCCCAUGACAACAGCCCGCAGCCGUGUGGGCGUGGCUGUGGUGAACGGGCUUCUCUAUGCUAUCGGGGGCUAUGACGGCCAGCUGCGGCUGAGCACCGUGGAGGCCUACAAUCCCGAGACGGACACAUGGACCAGAGUGGGGAGCAUGAAUAGCAAGCGAAGUGCCAUGGGGACAGUCGUGCUGGAUGGACAGAUCUACGUCUGUGGUGGCUAUGAUGGCAACUCCUCCCUCAACUCUGUGGAGACCUACUCACCUGAGACGGACAAGUGGACAGUAGUGACUCCAAUGAGCUCAAACCGCAGUGCUGCUGGGGUUACAGUCUUCGAGGGCAGGAUAUACGUGUCAGGUGGCCACGAUGGCCUGCAGAUCUUCAGCAGUGUGGAACACUACAACCACCACACCGCCACCUGGCACCCAGCAGCCAGCAUGCUCAACAAGCGCUGCCGACACGGGGCCGCCUCCCUGGGAAGCAAGAUGUUCGUCUGUGGGGGCUAUGAUGGCUCUGGCUUCCUCAGUAUCGCUGAGAUGUAUAGCUCUGUGGCAGACCAGUGGUGCCUCAUCGUGCCCAUGCACACCCGCCGGAGUCGGGUCUCCCUUGUGGCCAGCUGUGGGCGCCUCUACGCCGUGGGGGGUUACGACGGACAGUCAAACCUAAGCUCAGUGGAGAUGUACGACCCGGAGACGGACCGCUGGACGUUCAUGGCCCCCAUGGCGUGCCAUGAGGGAGGGGUUGGUGUGGGCUGCAUCCCUCUUCUCACCAUCUAAGGAGAGGGUGGGAUGUGGUGGGUUAGGGAUCUGGUACAAGCAUAGGCGCUUCCUUCCAGGGGAAAGUCCUCUCAGAAGAGGCAGUGGUGGACCAGAAGAUGGGGUGAAACGGGAGCUUGCCAGAGGGACAGUUUUUCCAGGUGCUUAAGUCCUUCCUCACUGUGCUGCCCUUGUGACCUUGGGUUGUCAAGACGCACAGCAUAAGACAGGAGUCUCUCUGGGUCCCACAGCCAGUAACAAGGGACGACCUUCGCUGGCGUGUGCACACACAGGCUCCCUCCGAGCCCAGCGCGCACACCAGCUGCGGCGCUGAGUGCCCAUGCGCAGGAGGCCUUCCAGGCGAUGCUUCUCUGUCCCUGCUUGUCUGCAGCCACGCUGUGGGCAGCUUGCCACGGGAAGCCGCAGUGUCCUGUUGUGAAGUGUGGGGUAAAGCUAGGAGAGGACACCCUGGUGUUCUGACUGCCUGUGGCGGUGCAGCUACGGAAGCAGCUGUGGGCGCACAGGCUCUCCCUUCCACCAUGGGCACAGAGGACUUGGUCCCUGUCUCCAGCAAGCUGGAAGGACAGAAGUCUUCCCCAUGCCUGUUUUUGGGGGAAUUCAGGGAGGUCUUUCUCCCAUUGUCCCAGAGAAACAGAAGGGGAAUGGAGAUGCUUGAGAGAAACUAGAGAAAAUGGAAACAAGAAAAUGUUCAAGAGAAACUGGAAGGAAAAGACUUGAAAUGAACAUUUUCCACAGGAAGAAAACAUAAAAGACACUAAAAGCAAAUACACAUUUACAUGGAAAACCAUCAAACAUGACAACAGUGGUGUCCACUCCCACAUUCGGAUCCCAGGGUCCCUCUCAGCCCCAGUGAGUCUGAAAUCAGGACAUCCUUGACUGGACCUGUAGCAAGGUGCUCAUGGGGUCAGCCUCCUCACCUCCCAUCAGAGGACUUCUCCAAUCACAGGCUUAGGGAGCCGGCUGAAUAACUGCCACUCAACUCAUCUCUCCACGGUUACCCCCCACUGCCAGCCAGCGCUCCUUCAGAUCCCCACUCCCACAGUACAUCCCUUCCCUCUUUGGCCAGCAGGAAAGAGCAUGUCUGGCCAGAGCCACACUUACCAAUCUGCCAUCCUUGACUAACUUGUCCUCAUCAUGACCCUUCCGGAGCACAUCGACCAUUUGUACCUCUGGGACCUACCAGGGCCUUGCUCCUACCAGCCACGGACUAGCUUGGUCAGGUGACUUGUCUGCCCUGCCGUUCCCAUUUUUUCCAUCCUCUCACCAACCGCAAGGGUCUACCUUCCCUCCAGUCCUUGGCAGACUGACCAGCAAGACGGGCCCUUACACUCAAGCAAUGCUGGCUUCGUAAUAUACAGGCCUAAAGACUAAAACAUGUCUUUUGCUGCUGCGAAGAAGAUAUUUUAUAUUUCUUCCUCUAAUCUUGGCAAAUGACCCCGUGAAGCGGGCCCGCGCUCCUCCUUCCUCCAAUGGGACCUUAACACAGCGCAGAAGGCCCCAGAGGGGAGGUUUUCUGUUACAGUGCACUGGGCGGUGGAGCUGACCUUCAGCUGCUGCUGCCAGAACCUGGUUUUCUAGAAGUCUCCGGUAGAGACAGGAGGAUAUAAUUCUUUUUAGCCCCAAGCUGGGUCUUAGGGUCCCGCUCUCCACCUGAUUGGUUUCUUGCCCGUUGCUGCCUGCCUGGAACAGCCCAGAAACGGGUUCAGGAAGACGCAGUGUGAAGCCUGGGGCCACCCCUUUCCGCAGACCAUCAGGUUUACCAGUGUGUGCAAUCGCCAUGGAUUCAGAAGAAAGACCUUUCGUUCCCUGCAGCCCCCGGGCUGGGCCUCCGCUACGAGCACUUGAAAAUAAUGUUUUUAUUUUAAAAGACUGGACAAUCUGAUAACUGCUCAGUUUUAACCAGGCUCCUAAUGGAGCACCAGCAUUCCUUCCUGGCCCUUCAGUUCGCCUGCUGAGGUAGACACUGGGGCCCUCUGAGCCUUGGUCUCCUGUUAGUCCUGUAGGAGGGGUAUACCCGUGCUUGUCUUACUAAGUCCUUCUGUGAAUGUACUGCCCAGCCUCGACUGUGAAGGUGCUGAGUGCCAGUCGGCGGGCUCCCCGGUGGGCCUCCUGGGUCCUUACGAUGCUAGCAGACUAGAGAUGAUACAUCAUCAUCAUCGUCCUCCCCCCCCCGGCCUGCUGCUGUCUGAUUAGCCUCCCUGAGUCCAGCCCUCCCCCCUCAUGUAGAGAUUACACAGAGCCAGCGUCUCCAACCCAGACCGAGUCAGUGGCUCUGAGCACACUCCAGCAAACAGGAACAUUUUUGUACUCCCCUGUCUGAGGGCAGUUGGCUGGUCUGACUCUUUAGUGUUGUAACAGUAGGAUAAUGGGAACGAGGACAUUGUAGAAAAAACAAAUAUAAGGAGGAGGUAGGUCAGACACACGUGGUGAACCAUGGGGUCUGGCCACUGCCCUUUCUCAUUUCUCAUUCUUGGUUCUCUUCGGGUUUCACCAGAGAUCACGAGCAGAGCAGAGCUGGAGACCAGCCUCUUGAUGGAACACAAAGAUGGACAUAAGUAGGAAUGCUGUCCCUCUUCACCCACAGUUUUUUCACAGGAAACUUUUUAUUUAUAGAACGCAUGUCUUUUGUGUUAAGAAACCAAAGAAAUAAAGAGAACACUCCUAAUA